UCGUUCGCCAGCAGUGAAUCUGAAAUACUGAAAAUAUAACACUGACAAUUUGUGUUGCAUCGUGGCGCCAAUAAAAUGUGAACACAUCAUUUUCGGAAAACAUCAUAUUAUAUCCCGUGUUAUAAACAACGCGAUCUCGCCUAUAAAUGUCAAACUAUAAGCUUGAAAUGAUCAGAAGUGACAAUUGGCCAGUUGGUCAUACGAUUCUUUAAAUUCGGAGGAUUUGUUUGUGCAGGCGACUCUGUGAUUCGUCGGGAUUUGAAGCAGACUACACAUAGAGCACUUCUUGGAGACGAUACAGACCUGCGUUGCACUUUACCGCCAAUGAACAUUAUUGUCAAUUUUCUCCUACAUGGCGUUCGCACCGUCUCUGGAAAGAAGUGAAAGUGGGCACAGUGAAGAAGGAAUUACCGGAAAGGAUUUGGAUAGAGAUGGAUCACGUAUUUUUACUGUCAGGAAGGUGAAAGGAGGGAGCAUCGAUGUUCACCCUACGGAGAAGGCCCUUGUUGUCAACUAUGAGCUGGAGGCGACCAUCUUGGGUGAGAUGGGAGACCCCAUGCUCGGGGAGAGAAAAGAAUGCCAAAAGAUUAUUCGUUUAAGAAGUUUGAACUCCACCACAGAUAUUGCAGCUCUGGCGAGAGAAGUCGUUGAGAAAUGCAAGCUCAUCCACCCAUCUAAACUGCCAGAAGUAGAACAACUCUUAUAUUACCUUCAGAAUAGAAAGGAAACGACACAAAAAGCUGGUGCUAAGAAGGGAGAACUAACAGGCAAACUCAAGGAUCCCCCACCAUACGAAGGGACGGAGUUGAACGAGGUUGCAAACAUCAAUGACAUAGAGGAUUACAUCGAGCUGCUGUAUGAAGACAACCCUGAAAAGGUCAGAGGCACGGCUCUUAUUCUACAGCUGGCAAGAAAUCCAGACAACUUAGAAGAACUACAAUCAAAUGAAACUGUGCUUGGAGCGCUGGCCCGGGUCCUGCGUGAAGAAUGGAAACACAGUGUUGAGCUGGCCACCAACAUCGUCUACAUCUUCUUCUGCUUCUCCAGCUUUAGUCAGUUCCACAGCAUCGUAGCGCACUUCAAGAUUGGUGCCCUCGUCAUGGGCGUGGUCGAGCACGAGCUCAAGAAACACCUGUCGUGGAACGAGGAACUUCUCAAAAAGAAGAAGACUGCUGAAGAAAACCCAGCCAGUAAGAGAGACUUUGAAAAGAGCACCAAGAAAUAUCAUGGUCUCCUAAAGAAACAAGAACAACUCCUAAGAGUAUCCUUCUACCUGCUCCUCAACCUAUCGGAGGACCCUAAGGUGGAGCUAAAGAUGAAGAAUAAGAACAUCAUCCGCCUCCUCAUCAAGACGUUAGAGAGGGACAACGCUGAGCUUCUCAUCCUCGUCGUCUCUUUCCUCAAGAAACUCGGCAUUUAUGUAGAGAACAAGAACGAAAUGGCUGAACAACAGAUCAUAGAGAGGUUGGCAAAGCUGGUACCUUGUGACCAUGAGGAUCUUCUGAACAUCACAUUAAGAUUACUGCUCAACCUUUCCUUUGAUACUGAUCUGAGAGGGAAGAUGAUUAAACUGGGCAUGCUUCCAAAGUUUGUUGAACUUCUAGCCAAUGACAAUCAUAGAUUGGUGGUUCUAUGUGUGCUGUACCAUGUAAGCCAAGAUGACAAGGCCAAGUCAAUGUUCACAUAUACAGAUUGUAUACCCAUGAUAAUGAAGAUGAUGCUUGAAUCACCCACCGAAAGACUAGAGAUUGAGCUCGUAGCCCUUGGCAUCAACCUGGCAUGUAACAAACAUAACGCACAGCUCAUCUGUGAGGGCAAUGGGCUUAGGUUACUCAUGAGGAGAGCCCUCAAGUUUAGGGACCCCUUGCUGCUUAAGAUGAUCAGGAAUAUAUCACAGCAUGAUGGGCCAUCAAAAGCACAGUUUAUUGAAUACAUCUCUGACGUUGCUCGUAUCAUCAAGGAGUCUAAUGAUGAGGAGUUGGUGGUUGAAGCAUUGGGUAUCAUGGCUAAUCUAACCAUCCCAGACCUAGACUAUGAGAUGAUCAUCAAUGAGUUUGGUCUUGUGCCAUGGAUCAAAGAGAAAUUAGAACCAGGAGCUGCUGAAGAUGAUCUAGUACUAGAAGUGGUGAUGUUGGUGGGUACCGUGGCAACGGAUGACUCCUGUGCUGCGAUGCUGGCCAAGUCUGGCAUUAUUCAAUCUCUCAUAGAGCUACUCAAUGCAAAGCAAGAGGAUGAUGAGAUUGUUUGUCAGAUCGUCUAUGUCUUCUAUCAGAUGGUGUUCCAUGAAGCAACGAGGGAAGUCAUCAUCAAACUAACACAGGCCCCAGCAUACCUGAUAGAUCUCAUGCACGAUAAGAAUUCAGAGAUCAGGAAGGUCUGCGAUAACACCCUGGAUAUCAUAUCGGAAUUUGAUGAAGAGUGGGCCAGGAAGAUCAAGCUGGAGAAGUUCCGAUGGCACAACUCCCAAUGGCUGGAGAUGGUGGAGUCACAGCAGAUAGACGAUGGUGAAGGAGGACUCAUGUACGGAGAUGAGAGUUACAGUCCCUACAUCCAGGAGUCAGAUAUCCUUGAUAGACCAGACCUAUUCUAUGGACAAACAGGGUAUGAGGAUGGAGAGAUGUACGAUGGCCAGGUGACACCUGAGUACGUUGAUGAAUACGGCAAUGUACAGAACGGGGAGUACCUGGGAAGACCAGCUUCUGCUAUGUAUGGCAACAGGUAUCAAUCAGAGUAUGAAUCCCUCAGGCCCGGGUCAAGGGUCGCAUAUCUGACGGAAGAUGGGCAACCUUUAGAUGAAUACGGCAACCCCAUCGAGGUCUAUGCUGAAUCAGUAGACCAGUACGGCCGUCCUGUCACUCCGACGUACCAGUAUGGCUCACAGGCACAGCAAGGCCCAGGUUACCCGUACUGAUCAAUAUCGACUCUUAUCUAAUCAUUGACACAUAGCAAAUGGACAGGAUACUUGCUACUGAAGGGUGUACCAAUAUGGCUGCUAGUGGGUGUACCAACAUGGCAGCACAGUUUCUCUAUACUGUAGUGAAGGAUUUCUACUGUGAUCUCUGGAAUUGGACAGAAUUUUCCUUUUACCAAAGGGCUUCUCCCCUUGGUGUACCAAUGUGGCUGCACAGUGUCCAGAGACUCUGCUGUAGUGAUCAACUGCUACUGUGAUAUUUGAAUUUGGACAGAACUAUCUGCUCUUGAUGGGCUUACCAAUAUGGCUACCAAUUGGUGUACCAACAUGGCUGGACAUCUCCUACUAAUACUAUCCGUUGCAGUGAUUGACACCUGUGAUCCUUGAAAUUGGAACAGACUACCUGCUCCCAUAGUGCUUGCACAUGGUUGUACCAACAUGGCUGCCUGUGGGUGUACCAACAUGGCUGCUAAGUUUCUGUUGACGAUGUGAACUUCUCUGCUGUGGUGAUCUAAAUCUGUGAUCAUAGGAUUUGGACAGUCUGCUUAUCACAAAACAAUGGCUUACAGUACCCAGUAGGUUACCAAUGUGGCUCUUAGUCUUAGUGGGUGUACAACAUGCCUGGAGAGUAAUUUCUUCAGACCAUGGUAAUCUAUAAUAUUAAUGAGAUAAAUCUUCAGUGAUUAAAGUCUAUUGAGAGUUCCAGGGAUGCCAGAAUUCAGGCCCUGGCAAGUUUUUUUCAGACCAUAGUUUAGGCUUUUUUGUGUACAAAAUACUGAGCUCAUUCUAGGUGAUUUUCAGGCCCUCUGAUCAAUUCUAACUGGCAUCCCUGGAGUUCAUAGAGGCAAUGGUUUGGGAGGCAAUUAUGUUAUCAUUGAAUGUAUUCUCCCCCGCAAUUUACAUGUGGUUAUGUCCCUAUCCGUGGAUUGUGGUGAUUCAUAUAGUUGUGAGCUUGACAGGUAAUGCACUUAUUACUUAAAGGGACUGAUCAGCCCACCUCACAGUCUAUUAGUAAUACCUGUCAUAUCUGUGGACAGGGUAUUCUGUUCCGGUCAUUUGACUACCAAUAAGAGAAUUGAGAAUAGGAGUGAAUAAAGACAUUCUGAAGCUUUUUCAUCUUCCACUCAUCAGAGUAAUUAGUAAACCACAUGAAUGAACAGAAAGCUGAAGUGGACAAUAUAAAUGGAAACUAAAGAAACAAAGAGCUGGAAAGAAUAACCAGUUCUGAUUGGCUGCUCAAAAGAGAGUUAGAGUGUGAAUAUUGCUUCAUUUAUAAUAAUAAAGCUACCUUUGUUCAGGUGUAGUGAUAGGAAUAGGGAUCUGCCAGGUGUAAUUCCUGGGAUGCUUCGAGUACUGUAGUGGUGGUUACAUAUUGGUCGAAGAUAGGAUAAUAGGGACUUUUAGCACAACGACAACGUGGAUUGCUACGAUCGACAUCCUUUUAAUGUACUGCCUUGAAUGGACGUCACACGUAUCACAAAAUUUUUAAAAUUCACUAAUGUUGGUGGAGUGCCUAGAGUGUCGCUGAAAUGAGUGCCAUAUCAGAAUCCAGUGUCAUUGUUAUGAUUAAUAUAAUUAAUUAUUGAUUUGGGGUUCAAUAUACUUUGUAUUCAAUGAAUUUAAUAAAUAUAACAUUGGUGAAAUUUUGGGUCAGUUAAUUUUCCCAAUCCCAAGCAAUGUAAUUACUUGAUUUACUGCCAAAAAGUGACGAAGAAAAAUAAUUUAAUCCUUGUUGUGCGACCUUAUGCAAAAUCUUCAAAUUGGCAAUGUGAGUGAGUUCUCUACCUUUGAGUGAUAGGUGCAGAACCUGUUAACACCUGCAUGUAUUUUUCAACUCCAACUCAAUUCCACACCUUCAAAGAUGCCUUCACACGUGUCUAAGCAAACCACCUAGAAAUAAGGUCCGCAAUAAAAAAUCAAAAAAUUUUACUUGUAAAUGAAUGGGAGUGGAAAGAAAAAAAUUAGCGGUGCUACAUGUACUAACGUACAUGUAUGUUGUAAGGCACAAAAAUAUGAAUUGCACUAUGCUUGUUUCGUGUCAUUUUGCCACAGCUUUUUCCUUCUUGGGAGGUGGGGGGAGGGGGGUUAUCAUGCCAAGUGUGAAUGGGGCUUAUUAAUAGUGUGAGAGCUUGCAUUCCUAGGUAGUGCACUCUCUGACAAUUCGUCACAUAACGAGUACCCCCCCCUUGACAGAUCCUGUCAGAGUGAUCAGUAAAGCUCGGUACACCUGUAUAGGAAGUGGGUAUUUACUGCGGGCUUAAAGACUUAAAGGGGGAAGUCAACCCUAAUACUAAGUUGGUUUUAAAAGAAGCACAUAAAUGUGAAGAAGCAGGUGAGUAAAGUUUGAGCAAAUUCUGAUUAAACUUAAUUAUUUAAAAAUAAGAAAGUUAUGAACUUUUGAAGUUGUGAUCAAUUAAACACAAAUUGGCAACUCUGUGACCUAUCUUACGAGCUCCCGGCCAAUGUGUCUCUUUAAAGAGAAGGUAGAGUCCCAUGUACCUGUUUCUGUGUACUGUGGCAUAUGAUUUUUUUCAGUGAGAUCAAGUAAAUUUCUUUUUGAUCAUUCCAAAGCUUUGCAGUAUACAUCAUACUUAUGCACUACAUAUUAAACCUUUUCCAAUUGCUUUCAGAAGUUUCUUUCACAAUUGCAUGUCCAGAAUUUUACUUUAGCUUGAACAGGUAAUCACGAGUAUUUGGACUUGUUACAUGAAAAUGACCCCAAAAUGUGGUAAAUGAUGACUACUUUUUAUUAGACUGCUUUUAAGGAAAAAAAUGUGUCGUUCCAAAAGUUUAUCAUUACGGUAUGUAUAUGGUUUGUUUGGAAUAGCGGAUUUAAAAA